GGUAUGCCUAAUGUCAUUCAUUCAUUCAUGUCAUGUUAAUUUGUCAUUCUGUGAUGGCGGUGCUUGGGAACUUGCGUUAGUUUAUUCACAAAUCUUACGACAACAGAUUUUCCUGUUGUUUUCGUUGUUUUUAUAAUGUUAUUUUUGUGAUAUUUGGUUUAAUUCAUCAUUUGACAUGUAUUAUUAUGUGUAUCUCUGAGAUCAAUCGAAUUUUUUUGAUAUCAGUUCUUGGCGCUAACAAUAUUGUGACUCGCAAAUUAGUGCGCCAACAUGAAUGAUGUUCGUGAUAAAGUGGUGGCUGGCUCCUCGACGUGGGAAACCAACACAACACACAGCGACUCAUCUCCAGAAAUUCAAUCUUCGCCCAGCGGCAGUGCUGAGACUCCGCAAACACCCGGAGCGCCCGCGCCGCUCGCCCCUCAUUUGGCCGCUGACUUGCAUCCAGACCUCUUGCAACAGGGCUGGCGGAAGUAUUGGUCGAAACGGGAAAAUAGACCUUACUUUUGGAACAAAUUGUCUGGUGAAUCUAUGUGGGAGUUACCGGCUGUAAAAAGAGACUUUGAUCCAAUUACAGAUCCUCUGGGGAUAUGUCAUACUGGCCCUCCUAAUCCUGGAAAUAUGACACCAGGUGCCACAAAACGACGACCUUCAGAAGAUAAUGGUCCUCCACCUAAAAAGUUUGUCUUAGCCGGUCCAUGGGACAUUGAAGUACCAACUAAUGUAGUGAUCUAUGAACGUCCUCCCACAAUUUGCCCUCAUCCCCAUCCGGAAAUAGAAGGUUUCAGAUUUACUUUAGCAAACAAGUUGCGGCAGUGUUAUCAGGAAUUGUGUCACACACGAGAAGGCAUUGAUGCUCCAAAGGAUUCAUUUAAUCGUUGGUUGAUGGAACGUAAAGUAAAUGAUCAAGGUGGAUCAGACCCAUUACUACCAAGUCACUGUUUUCCUGAAAUAUCUCGGUCAAUGUAUGAAGAAAUCAUGAAUGAUAUUCCGAUAAAAUUGACUCAUCCCAAGUUUACUGGAGAUGCUCGAAAACAAUUGUCACGUUACGCUGAAGCUGCCAAAAAGAUGAUAGAAUCGAGAAAUGCUUCACCAGAAAGCCGAAAAGUUGUAAAAUGGAAUGCUGAAGACACAUUCCAGUGGCUGAGAAGAACAGUAGGAGCAACAUAUGAUGAUUUUCAGGACAGACUGGCUCAUCUCAGGAGACAAUGUCAGCCACAUUUAUCAGAAACUGUAAAGGCUUCAGUGGAGGGGAUAUGCUUGAAGAUAUACCACUUGUCAGCAGAGUAUGCUCGAAAAAUACGAGAAAAACACAGCACUCUUCUGAAAGAAAAUGGAAUUCAGGAACUGCAGGCGCCCCUUCAGCAGGCCGCGCUGCGCAAGGUGUGGUGCUACCCGGUCCAGUUCGCGGUGCCGUCGCCGCGCCCGCCGCUCGUCGAACACUUCCUCGACAGAGACCAGGCCCUGCUGCGCUAUUUGGGCGAGUCACAAAUCCUCAAUGCUACUUAUUUACAAAAGUUGGAAUGCCUUUAUAGAUACAGCUGCUUCGACGACAAGAAGUUCGAGCAGUUCCUGUCGCGCGUGUGGUGCCUGCUGCGGCGGUACGCGGCGUGGGUGGGCGCGGGGGCGGAGGCGCACCUCACGCAGAUGUCGCUGCCCGUGUCCGUGCUGGAGUGUCUGCAGCGCUGCUUCGGCGUCACCUUCGAGUGCUUCGCCAGUCCCCUCGACUGCUACUUCCGCCAGUACUGCUCCGCAUUCGCGGACACUGACUCGUAUUUCGGCUCGCGGGGUCCAUUCCUGGAGCUGCGGCCGGUGUCGGGGUCGAUGGUGGCGCACCCGCCGUACUGCGAGGAGCUGCUGGAGGCGGCGCUGCGGCACAUGGAGCGGCUGCUGCAGGAGUCGGCGGAGCCGCUCAGCUUCGUGGUGCUGCUGCCCGAGUGGCCCGACCGCACCACGCAUGCGCUGCACAAGCUGCAGGCCAGCCACUUCAAGCGCAAGCAGGUAGUGAUACCAGCGUUUGAACAUGAAUAUAGACAUGGAUUCCAACACGUACUUCCUAAGAACGAGGUGUACUUCCGCUGGGGCGGCGGCACGGUGGUGGUGUGGCUGCAGAAUGCGGCGGGGUUCGCGCGCUGGGGCCCCACGGACGAGCGCGUGGAGGCGCUGCUGGACGCCUGGCGCCCCCGCCCGCACGCCGCUGCCUCGCCGCCGCCCGACGCCGCGCCCAAGCCCGACACGCCGCCGCAGGACAAGCGCUAGCACCCGCCACGCAACGAUUUCGACUUUAAUUGAUGAUCCCCGAAUUUAUUAAGCUGAAAGUGCUUAGCUGCAAAAGUGAAACGAGCAUCUUCAGUUGCCAACCAUUUAAAUUGAUGGGAACGUGCAACUGAAUUUCUAUGCAUUUGAAGUAAAUUUAUGUCUAGGAUGUGGACAAAUAGAACAGCAAUAGAUUCCAUGAAGCCCCCAGUGAAGUGAGUCCGAGUGUAUGCAGGCACAUUCGGCGAUGGAAUUGAAACCCGUCAAUUUCCGAUAAAAGACUUUGUUAACUGGCGUUAGCCAUAAUCCUCCAGUUCAUAGCCGAUUUGCAUCAUCAACUGCCCUUUAUGACCCUAUACUCAUCGCGAUAGAUCGAGCUACUUUAAAAAACAAAAAAAAUCUAGACUGAGCACAAGCAUUGUAAAGAGGACAAAUAAUUAACUUGGAUUUAGACAAAAAAAUACAUAGAACAACUCGCGGUUGGAGCUAGCCACAAAGUUUCCUCGUUUUGUAGGAUACUCAAAAAAAUAAUAUACUUUAACAUAAUAUUGAUCUGAAAAUGAUCAUGAACAGGAUCUCACUCUGAGGCCUAUUGGGCCUCUGCACAUUAUAUGAAAACACUAAGACAUAUACAUUUGUACAUCUAUUGUUAUAUCUGUCUUUGAUACCUAUAAUUGUGAUUAGUCACUAAAAAUUGAAAAUUGACCUAUAGAAAUGGAACGUGUGUUGCUAUAUAUAUAUAUAUACACGACUGCUCGGCGCUCAUAUUUAUCCCAAUGGGAUACCUGACGAAUGCAAUUAUUCCUGACGGACGGUCACUUGUGUGCACUAUGAACUGAAUGUA